AUGGAGGUCAUAGGUUUGACUGGUCACGAGUCUACAUCUUACCAAAAGAGGCCGUAUUCAGUUCGCCAAACGGCGUUGAAGAAGCACGCCAACCUGACUCUCAGUGACGUUAGAACUGCGAUCAUCGUGCGGCGGCGUAGUGGGUCCCUCCAGUCCUCCCGUAUCAAUCAUGAUACAAGUUACCUGACCUGUCCCGUUUAUGACAACGCUCAGCUUGUCCUUGGUGCUGCCGCUUGCCUUGGGGUAGUAGGAGUGGUUGUUCAGGCUUACCUUUCUAAAUCAGACGGUAAUUUCCAACUUCCACCUUCCCCUCCCAGUUGGAGACUUUGGGGGCACUUCAUACCCCCUCACAAUCCAUCGCUCGCUCUAGCAAGAUGGAUCGACAAGCACGGUCCUCUCAUCACCAUUCGCUCUGGAACUGAGAAAAUCGUUGUUAUUGGUCGUUACAACGCCGCGGUGGAUAUCAUGGAGAAGCAGGGCGCCUCGAUAGCUGAUCGUCCUCGCCGCGUUGCUGCUGGAGAAAUGCUUGGUGAGCAGCUUCAUGCGCAUCUUCAGCCUAAAGUAGCUGAGGAAUACCAGCCCCUCCAGAUGUCACACGCGAAGGACACCGUCCUCAACAUUCUUGAAGACCCAUACAACUUCCAGAACCAUGCAAGAACGUAUUUUGAAGUUAUGCUGCGACCGUCAUUACGGAAGUUGCGUACGGCAAGCGUACGGUCACAUCUGCGACGGAUCCUGAAGCCAGAGAAGUUCGCGAGCAAAUCCAAAUCCUUCGUACAGCCCUACUCCCUAAUGCUUACCUGGUGGACUCCAUACCAGUGGCUCAAAUAUCUCCCUUGGUAUGGUCGAGAAUUGAAACAGGCAUUUAAGAGGGCCGGGCAGCUCUACACCGGGCAGCUGAACCGCGUGAAACAACAAAUACAGAGCAAUGUGGACAUUGGUCCUUCGUUCGUAAAACAUAUGCUAGAAAAUGUCGAACUCCACGGCUUGUCAGAGGUGGAGAUGUCUUUUCUUGCUGGCGGCUUCUUUGCAGCUGGAACUGAUACGACUACUUUUGCAAUAUGCACGGUGCUCAUGGCAGCCGCAUGUUUCCCCGAGGAGCAAGAUAAAGUCCAGGUCGAGCUUGAUGCAGUCAUAGGAAGACACCGAGCACCGACCUUCGCUGACGAGCAGUCCCUUCCUCGUCUUCGAGCCUUUAUCUCCGAGGCUUUGAGAUGGAGACCGCUGGCUCCCGAAGGAAUCGCUCACCGGACGACUAAGGAGGUUAUUUGGGGAAAGUAUUACAUUCCAACUGGGACUACAGUGGUCGGCAAUCAUUGGUGCAUCUCUCGAGACCCAGAGGUCUUCCCCGAGCCUGAUGCUUUCAAGCCUGAGCGCUGGAUUGACGACCGAGGUCGCGUCAGGGACGAUCUGAAAUUCUUUGUGUUUGGGUUUGGUCGGCGCGUUUGCCCCGGUCAACACGUUGCGACUAGAUCGGUGUUCAUAAACUCGCUCCUUAUUCUUUGGGCCUUCCGGCUGAAUCUGAAUCCUACGAAGCCACUGGAUGACAUGGGGUUCAUGAGGGGAAAGGCCCAGCCGGGCACUAUUGAGUUUACCACGAGGAUUCCUGCGUCUGAGGUCAGGCGCAUGAUGCAGAAUUAUCCGGAGGAGCGUUGAAGCGGAUCUACUAUUCCUGUAGGGUCUCGCAGUAUCAGGAUUACAAGAUUGAGUUGUGUAUAAUAGUUCACUAUGCAGACUUGCUUUAUGUUAUUCAUUUUCUCGCAGUUCAUCC